AUGACAGAAUUUAGUGGGUCUUUGGUUGAUGAAUCAUUGGUUAGUGAGUUACCAAUUGGUGGGUCUUUAGUCAGUAGAUUAUCAGCAAAUAGUGAUAUGACAGCCCAAGCUUUAGCCUCUAAAAAAAGAAUAUUAAGUGAUAAAGAUACCAAUGAAGCAAGUGAACAAGCAAUUGAAACUGCUCAGAAGGCUGAAAUUUGUCAAUUGCGGAAAAGUAAUUUUACUCAGCUUGAACUUGUAAAUAAGUUUAAUAUUGGUGAAUCAACAGUCUCAAAAAUACUUAAACAACAAAAUUACUGGCUUUCAAUUGAUCCUAACUCAAAGGAAGCAAAAUCUAAACGAGAUCAUUCAGCUAAGUAUCCUCAACUUGAAGAAAUACUAAGCCUGUGGAUUUCAAAAGCUGAAGCAUACCAUCAAACAAUUACAGGUGCAAUUAUCCAAUAUAAAGUAUUCCAAUUCGCAGAACAGCUGCAUAUUGAUAAUUUUGGGGGGUAUACGAAGCAAGGAGAAGAAGCUAGUGCACCAAUUAAUGAUCUUUCACAUUAUCGUGAUAAACUUAAAGAUGAAUCAGAGGAUUAUGAGCUUAUUGAUCUUAUCUUACCAAAACCGCAAUUAGAAGCUGCCGACCUCAAUUCUACUGAUUUUGUAACAGAAAUUCAGUCUCUAAUUAAUCAGCUUCCUAUAACUAGUCUAAUGCAGGCAAAUGAUUUUAUUAAUAUUGAUAAUAGUGUUGAAACGGAUAUUAUACCAAGUGAUGCUGAAAUAAUUAAUGCUGUGCUUGAUCGUGAUUGUGAUAGAGAUGAAGAUAAGAAGCCUGAA